AUGGGAAAAGAAAAUGAUUCUGAAAUUUCAGAAUUUCUCCUUCAUGGACUUUCAGAAGACCCAGAACUGAAGUCCAUCAUCUUUGUGAUUUUUCUGUCCAUGUACCUGAUCACUGUGUUGGGAAACCUGCUCAUCAUCCUGGCCAUCGUCUCAGACUCUCAUCUCCAUGUACCCAUGUACUUCUUCCUGUCCAACCUGUCCUUUGUGGACAUCUGCUUCACCUCCACCACCAUCCCCAAGAUGCUGGUGAACAUCCAGACAGAGAACAAAGCCAUCACCUACGCGGGCUGCAUCACCCAAAUGAACUUUUAUCUGCUGUUUGGUUGUUUGGAAGUCAGUCUCCUCUCUGUGAUGGCCUAUGACCGCUUCGUGGCCAUCUGCCACCCCCUGCACUACAUGGUCAUCAUGAACCCCCGGCUGUGUGGGCAACUGGUUCUAGUUGGUUCUUGGUUUCCAAGCGCCCUGAAUUCCUUAAUACAGAGUGUCAUGACAUUGCAACUGUCCUUCUGCACAGAUGUGGAAAUCCCCAACUUUUAUUGUGAACUCAAACAGAUGAUUCAACUGGCCUGCUCUGACACAUUUCUCAAUAAUGUGGUGAUGUACUUUGCAUCUGUUCUGCUUGGUAGUUGCCUGGGUGGGAUCCUUUAUUCCUACUCCAAGAUCUUUUCCUCCAUACAUAGAAUCUCUUCAGCUCAGGGGAAAUUUAAAGCAUUUUCCACCUGUGCAUCUCACCUCUCAGUUGUCUCUUUAUUCUUUUGUACAAGCCUAACCAUGUACUUUAGCUCUGCUACUACUCACAACUCACAGUCAGGUUCAAUUUCCUCAGUGAUGUAUGCUGUGGUCACACCCAUGCUGAACCCCUUCAUCUACAGCCUAAGAAACAAAGACAUAAAAAUGGCCCUCCAAGCAUUCUUCAUGAAGGGGACCAUCCAAAGACAGUUGUCCUAG